AUCGCGAAGCUGUUCUCUCCCAUCGUAUCCACAGCAAACCUCGGAGAGUAAUUUUUAAUUAAUCUCAUCUCCCAAAACAAUUUUCCAGCAAAUCGACGCCGCGACGGUGUAUCCAAACAGCUAGAAUCAUCCAUUGUGCACUUGGUUUAAAAAUCCGCUUAAUUGACUCGAGAAUAGCUCUAUUGAGAAGGACGUUUGAAUAGCAGAAGUUACGAGCUCGGGCUCAUUUGUUACGCAUAAAUUUCAGCCUCUGCAACAGACACGCCGCUAUAACUCCCUUGUCGUCGAGGCUGCAGAGCUUUCAAGAAUAUAAUAUUCAGCGAUACCGUCACGGCUAAAAUUAGUUAUUUUAAUUGACUGCAGCCUCGCGGGAUUGUUCAGUUUGCGACGCGGAUCGCAUUCACGUGCUACGACUCGAUUUCGAGCAAAUAAUGCAAUUACAGAGAUAGAUUUCAAGAUCGUGCGCGUCCUUUCGAUUAUGUACGCGUUCCCUCGAAAUAACACACAGGAAAUCGCUGCUGCACGUGGAAUUGAGCUCGAGCUCGUUUGUCGCGCGCACCGCUUUAAAUUUUCCAAAGCUCCGUCGUUCGUUGCCAAUUCCGUUGUAACGCGAAAUGAAAAAACUUUCUCUACUGCGGAGAGAUAGGAUGGAAGAGGCCGCUGCAAGUGUCAGGAGAGCAAAAAAUACAACCAAGGCAAAAGCCAGAGGCGAGAUCAAAGAGCGAGAGCUGUGUGCAGUCACGAGAGCUGAGAGAGAAAGAGAGCCUAUACUACCCACACAAUGAUCGAUCGAGGAAGGCCGGAGCGUGCGCUGCAAUCUCCAGGCCAAUGUCAAGAGAGCGCAACCGCGCCGAGGCGAGGUGGGCCGUCCAGCAAGCAACUCAUCUCCUCGCUCUAACCUCUAACCCUCCUCCACGAUGCGUCCCCCGACUCCGAUCUUCCUCCUCGUCACCCUCCUGCUGAUCGACGCCUGUUCUUCAGCCCAAACCCCGGUGUCUUCCAGUUCCCCGAACCCUCCACUCCCGAAAACUCCGAGCCUCAAGAAAACUACCCCAUCCCCCAGCACCGUCUCCAGCACCACGAGUACGACCCUCGGCAGCAGCAGCAGCACCGCAAGCUUGACACCGAGCUCCACGGCCAGUAUCAGCAGCAGCAGUAGUAGUUCACCGACACCGUCGACGACGACAACGACGACGUCAACGACGACAGCCUCCCGCAACGUCUCCAUAGAGCCUCGGGUCAAGAGUACCACCAGCGGCGGCAGCUUGUACACGUCCACGACCAAGCGGGUCGGCAGCUCCUCGGCCAGCACACAGAGCAGCAGCAGAGAGAGCUCGUCCACGCCCUCGACCACUUCCGCCAAGGAGACUCGCGAGUCGCCCGGGAAAAUCCGACCGCAAAUCAAGUUGACCACUAAUUACACCAGCGCUAGCGAGACCGGAGUUCGGCUGCCGGAGGGCGCCUCAGCGGCACUGGCUAAGCCGACAAAGUACCACUACUACCCUCACAACCAGCACAUCUACUUAUUGCCGGAGUGCGCGGUCCAGCAGGUCUGCAACGCGGUCUACGUCAGGUUGAAUUUCACCCAGCCUCUGUGCGCCUGUCCGGGCCGUUAUCGAGAUCCCUGCAGCGCUUCUCUCGACAGCGACGAUCUCCAUACCACCGAGCUCGUCACUGAUUCCCGCACGAAGGCGCUGACUCUGGUGAAGACGUGCGAGCCCGUCGCCGAGAUGCGGGAAUGCCGAGCGCCCCGGGACUGGUCGCUGCUCGCGCUCCAGAACGUGCGAACAGGAAAGUCCCAUUACCUGGUCAUCUGUCGCUGUCCCGAUACCAACAUUCUUGAGGGACCGAUGAGCCACGACCAGCCGACCUACGCCAGUGUCCCAGGCAUCCGAGUCUACGGCAUGAUGUGCGUCCAGGGCAGCCGACGGGGUCGGCCGCUUCGAAACAUCCGGAGUAUCCUCGGUCUGCCGAGCAGAGUCGAGGAAACAUCCAACGACGCUUUCCCCUGGCACCUCGUGCCGGAACUCAUGAGGACGGCCAAGUGGGACUGAGGUUCUUCUCUUCCGCGCAGCAUAGACGAGACGGAAGACACACCGCAUCCAUCCUUCACAUCUUCUUCUUCUUCUUCUUCAUCUCACGCUAUUUAUAUAAUAUUUAUUGUUUCGAGCCUAGAACGAGAGAGAGGGGGAGAGAGAGAGAGAGAGAGAGAGAGCGAGCGAGAGAAAGAGUUAAAGAUUCAGCGCGAGAACGACGGCCGGAGUGAGGAGCCGUUAGACGCGCGCGAAAUUUUUCACGCAAGAGAGAUCGAGAGAGAGAGAGAGAGAGAGAGAGAGAGAGAGAGAGAGAAAGGAUUCAUUGCACUCGACUAUACAUAGGAGAGGAAGACUUUGGGCGGUACGGAUGACUGGCGUUGCACGAGCAAAAAGUCCACGAUGGGAUAUAGAGCCAUUCUUGGGAAAAUUUUACUUCUCGGGCAUGGCUCGCGUCGCUCUUGCGUAGAACCACUGACUUUUUGUUCCACGCAAGCCACCCGGGUUUACAAUGCACUACUACACUAUUUUUUUCUCUCUUAUAUCGAAAAAACGUUUUUUUUUAAACAAGAAUACGGUAUCUCUGAAGCACACACGACGAGCGAGUCGGUAUUAUUAUUAUUAUUAUUAUUAUUACGCACUAGUAAAUUAUUAAUCAAGCUGAGAUACGAUGGGGGACAUAAUCGACGUACGUAUACGUAAAAACUAUCGUAGGUACUUAGAUGCUCCAUUAACGAAAUCAUCAUUAUAUCACAAACACUUGCCUUACAUCAUAUACGUUUUAUACUUGCAGUAGCGCGUAAGAUUGUAACUGCGUAUACUUGUACGAGGUGCGCGUCGUCAUUUCUUUUUGACACUUUGCUUCUAUAUUAUCAAUAACUCACUAUAUCUCAUACGGCGCUAAAGACGCGCGUAUUUAUUUAUAUACUACUAUACAUUCCAAAAAGAAAACGACGAUCGAGUCAACGCACACACACAGAUACGAGGACAAUACACAUAGAAAAAUUCCGCUCUAUAAUAUACUAUAGGAUUAAGAUUGUGGUAAAAGGUAAAUCGAUCGUAAUAGAAAUGCCAUGUUAUACUUGUAUAAUCGACAACCACCGAUUUUUUUUAUACGACAAAUAUAUACUCCUUACAUAAAAACAGGGACGAACGAAUCGAGCUUAAAAUUACUUCCCAUACGUGCAAACUCACUGCAGUAUCGCGAUGAUUGGUCGACGAUUUGCUGACUGAGUAAAUAAAACGCUGAGAGAGAGAGAGAGAAGAGCUUACGCCGGUUUCCGGCAGCGUUUGCUAUUAGGUAACGGCCAUGUGUCUUUUUUUUUGAAACUUAUUAUUAUAUAUAUCCUAUAUUAUAUUACAAACCGUAAUUGUAUCACUAUUAACUCGAGUAAUAUUAAAUCCUCAUAUACUUAGCGCAUAUUAUAUUAAAAAAGAAAAACGUGAUUCUUCUAGUAGUGUAUGCGACCAGUAAUUCUAUACAUUGUACUUUGUAAAUAUAAAUUAUCAUGAAAAAUAUGAUGACAAUAAAUAACGUGAAAAAGCGUA